AUCAAAUCAUCGUGGAACAGCCUCGAGUAUUCUAAGCUGUCAAGACUUUCAAGUACUUCAGUAAAUUGAUACCUGAGGCUGAACUCCUGUCUUGGCGGCUGCCCAGCAAAACACCGCCCAUCCAUCAUCACCUCAACACAGUCCAGGCUUCCUUCUCGCCCAUUCUCAACGGGCGACGCUCCUGCCAGCGACCCGGCAUCGUCUGCCAUUCUCUUGUCCACACCAUGCCGCUCCGAGUCAACCUGCCACCGGCCACCAGGGCCUUUCUCUUCGCCCUGCUGGCGCUGUCCUUGCUGUACAACAUCGCCCGCUGGCGCCAGCUGGAACCUCCCAAGGCCGGCGAGCCCCUCGAGACGCCCAUCAUCCCCUACCUGACUCUCGUUCCCUCGCUCGUCAUCUAUUUCCCCUGGACCCUGCUCACGGCGACCUUUGUCGAACAGAACAUCUUCACCGUCUUGCUCAACGGCGCCACUCUGUUCUACGGGGGCAAGUAUCUUGAGCGCGCCUGGGGGUCACGCGAGUUUGGCAAAUUCAUCUUGCUCGUCGCGCUCAUCCCGAGCCUGUGCAUCCUCCCGCUGUAUCUUCUCUGGGGUGGGAUCACGGCAGACACGGCCAGAGGUCUCACCCAAAUCUGCGGCGGGGUUUCCAUCCAGGCGUCCUUCCUCGUCGCCUUUAAGCAGCUUGUUCCCGAACAUACCGUCGCCGUUUACAAGGGCUUCAUAAAGAUGCGCGUCAAGCACUUCCCCGCCCUCUUCCUCCUCCUCAACACCCUAAGCGGCCUUCUGAUCGGCACCGACACGGCCGCCGUGCUCGCCUGGCUCGGCCUGUUGACCAGCUGGACAUACCUGCGCUUCUACAAGCGCCAGCCGGACCUCACAGGCACCGCCACCGGCGGCCUGGGCAUCAAGGGCGACCCCAGCGAGACCUUUACCUUUGCAUGUCUCUUUCCGGAUGUGAUCCAGCCGCCCAUUGCCUUUGUCGCCGACCAGAUCUACGCCCUGCUAGUCGCCAUCAAACUCUGCACCCCGUUUUCCGAAGAAGACAUCGCCUCGGGCAACCAGCAGGCUCUGGCCAGGGGCGAGGCCGGCCUUCCCAACCUCCUGAGCAUUGGUCGCCCCGGCGGCGGCAGCAGCGGUGCUGGUGUUGGUGCUGGUGUCCGCGGGUCCGGCAAACGUGAAGAAGCCGAGCGACGCCGCGCCCUCGCCCUUCGCGCCCUCGACCAACGCCUUCAGGCCGCCUCCUCUGCUGCGGCCAGCAGAGUGCAACCAGCGCCUCAUUUAUCUACCACCACAUCCCCGCAGCCGCGUCCUACCACGCCCACCGUGUCUUCGGGGCAGGCCAUGCUGGGGGAAACCAGCUACAUCCCGGAGGAAUAAUAGCGUUUUUCUUUUUUUCUUUCUUUUUUCUUAUCUUCUAGCAUGAUUGUAUAGAUGGCGCAGUUUUUGUACACUUGUAUAUACCCGAUAGGAAUUAAGUAUUAACAGC